AUGCUUUUUCUCGCGCUCUAUUAUCACAUCUCGCAUUCUAUCCAUCUAUUCCGAGGUGUCAUAGACGAGAAGAGCAACAAGAACGGUGCAAAUACUACACUUAAACCCGUCGACAUUUUCUUCAGGCAAGUGCGAGUUCCUGAACGGAGUAUAUCUAUCAUGGGUGGAAUUUGA